ACAGGUAUUAUUCUAGAAACUUCUAAACCAAUGAAAUAACAAUGUGGGGUCACAUGAUCAGAAGCUAUAUAUUGCUUGAAUAUCCCGGAUGUCGUCAGAACGCAACAAAGACGAUCGAUAAGGAAGCAAGUUGUCAGUCGUUAGUUACCGAGAUUUACUUUAACAAAGAAUCAUGCAGAUCUUCGUGAAGACACUCACAGGAAAGACUAUCACUCUCGAGGUAGAGCCAUCAGACACUAUUGAGAAUGUCAAGGCCAAAAUUCAGGAUAAGGAAGGAAUUCCCCCAGACCAGCAGAGAUUGAUCUUCGCCGGAAAACAGCUGGAAGAUGGCCGUACCUUGUCCGACUACAAUAUUCAGAAGGAAUCCACUCUCCAUCUUGUCCUGCGUCUGAGAGGAGGUAUGCAGAUUUUCGUCAAGACUCUCACGGGCAAAACAAUCACCUUGGAAGUCGAACCAUCAGACACUAUUGAAAAUGUGAAAGCUAAAAUUCAAGACAAAGAAGGAAUUCCCCCAGAUCAGCAGAGAUUGAUCUUCGCCGGAAAACAGCUGGAAGAUGGCCGUACCUUGUCCGACUACAAUAUUCAGAAGGAAUCCACACUCCAUCUUGUCCUGCGUCUGAGAGGAGGUAUGCAGAUUUUCGUCAAGACUCUAACUGGCAAAACCAUUACCCUUGAGGUUGAACCAUCAGACACCAUUGAAAAUGUCAAGGCCAAGAUUCAGGAUAAGGAAGGAAUCCCCCCAGACCAGCAGAGAUUGAUCUUCGCUGGAAAACAGCUGGAAGAUGGCCGUACCUUGUCCGACUACAAUAUUCAAAAAGAAUCCACUCUUCAUCUAGUCCUGCGUCUGAGAGGAGGUAUGCAGAUUUUCGUCAAGACUCUCACGGGCAAAACAAUCACCUUGGAAGUCGAACCAUCAGACACUAUUGAAAAUGUGAAAGCUAAAAUUCAAGACAAAGAAGGAAUUCCCCCAGAUCAGCAGAGAUUGAUCUUCGCUGGAAAACAGUUGGAAGAUGGUCGUACCUUGUCCGACUACAAUAUUCAAAAAGAAUCCACUCUUCAUCUAGUCCUGCGUCUGAGAGGAGGUAUGCAGAUUUUCGUCAAGACUCUCACAGGAAAAACAAUCACUUUGGAAGUCGAACCAUCAGACACUAUUGAAAAUGUGAAAGCUAAAAUUCAAGACAAAGAAGGAAUUCCCCCAGAUCAGCAGAGAUUGAUCUUCGCUGGAAAACAACUGGAAGAUGGUCGUACCUUAUCUGACUACAAUAUUCAGAAAGAAUCCACUCUCCAUCUUGUCCUGCGUCUGAGAGGAGGUAUGCAGAUUUUCGUCAAGACUCUCACAGGAAAAACGAUCACUUUGGAAGUCGAACCAUCAGACACUAUUGAAAAUGUGAAAGCUAAAAUUCAAGACAAGGAAGGAAUUCCCCCAGAUCAGCAGAGAUUGAUCUUCGCUGGAAAACAACUGGAAGAUGGUCGUACCUUAUCUGACUACAAUAUUCAGAAAGAAUCCACUCUCCAUCUUGUCCUGCGUCUGAGAGGAGGUAUGCAGAUUUUCGUCAAGACCCUCACUGGCAAAACUAUUACCCUUGAGGUCGAACCAUCAGACACUAUUGAAAAUGUCAAAGCCAAGAUUCAGGAUAAGGAAGGAAUUCCCCCAGACCAGCAGAGAUUGAUCUUCGCUGGAAAACAGCUGGAAGAUGGCCGUACCUUGUCCGACUACAAUAUUCAGAAAGAAUCCACGCUUCAUUUGGUGUUGCGUCUCCGAGGGGGAUUUUGAACUUUGCAACGUUGAAAUAUUGUUUUAAAUUUCUGAUUGAACACUUCAAAAUGAACAAAUUGUACUAUUGGUAUUCUAUUACACUGAACUAAAAUCUGAACCUCGUUAUUAAAAUUUUAGCAACUGAA